AGUAGCAGAUGAGGUCAACAGUUGAUAGUCUGGAUUGAUCAUACCGAGUACUACUAGGAUAACGCUUGCGUCUAGGCUUCGUUUAGACGGGUGUGGCCGAAACGCAAGGGGAAGUGAGGCGCAGACGUGAUGAGGUUUGUUUUCUUCACUUUUCCUUUGUUUCGUCUUCACAUUAGCUUCCAUGAUAGGCACGGAAAGAAAUACGCCAUGGAGAAUAGGAAGAUAAGUAAUGUGAAGUGACAACACGACUUCUGUAGCGCAAACAGACAAUGGAAUGUUGGCCGUGAAUACGAACGACUGGUUUAACCAUUCACUGAAAGAAAAGUCAACCCCACAUGUCAUUGACGAGGCAGGAGGGAAGAAGUAGAAAUGGGUGCGGACCGAGGUGGUGGUGGAGAACCACAUCGUGAUCCCGAACCUGGAGGACGCAGGCCGGAAACCUCCCCGGACCAGCUGGUGGAGGACUACGUAGCCUCCAUCACUUGCAACCCCAUGGGCCACUGCCGCCCCCUCUGGGAUCUCCACAUCCUCAACAUCCCCACCUCCGAUGCCGCCGCCGUUUCAGUGCUCCGCCUCCACCACUCCCUCGGCGACGGCACCUCCCUCAUGUUCCUCUUCCUCGCCUGCAUCUGCAACGCCUCCGACCCCGAUUUUUCCCUUCCCACAAUCCCCAAACACUACCUCCGGCUGCCGCCCGCCUCCAAGAUGCUCCAUGCGGGUGCUUUUACGGGCCUCUUGUGGCUGUCGACAUCAAGGACGUCAAGAACGCCAUGCAUUACGGUAAACGAUGUCCUGGUGGGAGUCACAUCUGCGGGGUUGUCUCGUUACCUUAUCAGGAGAUAUGUAAGGACCUGUCACACUGACGACGAUGAUAGCGAGAAGAAUCAGCUCCCCUCAAACAUUCGACUCCGUUCAACGCUGCUCGUUAACAUUAGACCGAUACCCGGAAUCCAUGCUUUGGCUGAGCUGACGGAGGGCAGAGAUGGUGAAACCAAGUGGGGGAAUUUUAUUGGUUAUAUCAUCCUACCCUCCUCAAUCAUGAGGUGCAAGAACCCCCUGGACUACAUUCGCAGAGCCAAAGCGACUGCAGACAGAAAGAACUCCCUGGAGGCCAUCUUCACGUACAAAGGUGCAGAGCUCAUCGUCAAAUGUUUCGGCAUCAAGGCAGCAGCCGCAUUGUGCCGCAGAGUGCUGUCGAACACGGCGUUGUCAAUCUCAAACAUGAUCGGGCCUGUCGAAGAGAUUGUGUUCUAUGACCAUCCACUCGUCUACCUCGCUCUUAGUGUAUUUGGGCAUCCACAAGCCCUCACGGUUCAUUUCCAGAGUUACGUGAACACGAUGAAGAUAGUUCUGACAGUGGAUGAAGCGGUGAUACCGGAUCCUUACUUACUUCUGGAUGGUCUCGCGGAAUCCCUCCGACUCAUCACGACGGCCAUUCCUGCAACAUCGUAACGCAUGAGAUGAAUCUUCGCCUACGGUGGCUGCAGAAAAUAAGACAAUCGAGGCAUAUGAAUAAAUAUAAAUAAAUAUAUUCCGAAUUAUCAUGUUGUAAUUCUUAGUUGGAUAUAAAUUUAUCCAACUGUGAAUUGGACUCUUUCUUGCUA